CCUCCCUCCCCAGGCAGGUUCGAUUCCUGCCGUCCUCGACCCGGUCUUUUACAUUUUUAUUUUUUUUAAACUUCACGAUGUCACCCUCGUCGCGUGAGCAUUUUAUUGUGCGUCGGUCGUAGCGGAGAGAAUUCUGGACGAAAAUAAUUCUGGGUCUUCUUCCGUCUGCCGUCCUCGUGAACUCCACCACCACAGCCUGGCGAUCGAUCUCCUGCGUGCCAGAGUCGUGUCCACCAGCGUUUAACCCUCGCAGAAACUCGUCCAAAACCACCGAACCCUCCGCUGACAUUGGCUUUUUCCCCCCAAACGGUGGGGCUUGACGACUCCGCUUGCACCCAACAGGUCCUUCAGCUUACCACGAGGCGAGCGAGUCACAGAAAAACUAUUGAACAACAAACAACAUUCUAGAUUUGAAGCUUUCGUGACUGCAAGGGUUCAUAUUCUUGGGUUUUUUCGGUAAAGUCACGUAGGUAAAAAAUGUAAAUUAAUUAAAUAAAAAUAAAAUAAAAAUCACGACGUUUCGGAGGCAACACCAUCUUCCGUCUUCAGGUGGAACCGUCACAGCACGCUCGCUGUAUCAAGUAAAUGAGAAAUUCCAAGAGAUCCGACCCCGUAUAUAUACUGGUUGAGGGGGGAGGAGCCAGGACAGGCCCCCUUUUUAUUAUUAUGGUAAGGUUGGUGCGGCUGAAACUCCGGCUAGUCUACAUAACAAAGGACUGAGCCUUUGUUUUUUUACCUACGUGACUUUACCGAAAAAACCCAAGAAAACAAACCACAUCCUGCGGCUGUCUUGUUCCGCAUGGCCCUCUGUAUAGAGUAACGGUGAAAAGAUGAAGUUGUAGUUGAUAUUUUAAAACGGAACAGGAGGAGUUCUCCACAAAUCUGGGCUGCCGCCUGAUGACGCUGGGGUUUAAUUACUGGCGAAACGUCACGGUACCCGAAUUGUAAAUGUGAGUUUACUCUCCAACGCACAAGCGGCGUGCCGAUCUAGUAACGAAUUGGCACGCUCUGUUUACGUGACAAACCUUACUAAAUUGGCUGCGUCGGGUGGUGGCGGGUUUGACGACACAUUUAUAUUUACGCGAUCUAACCCCUAAAACCCCCUCUGUUAUGAAUGAUAUUGCUUGCGAAAGCCUCCUGCGCGUUAAACUGAAAUGUAAUUGAGUUAGCCAAUCAGUGGCUUUGCCCGAGAGUUGUUGAAUUGCAGAUACGCCCACGUGUUCACCCACCACCUUCACGUGCGUAUUUGUAGGACUAGUGCGACGUUGCAGGCUCGUAGCCGCAGUUACACACAGGAGAACCUUUGCGCCCAAUACGUACGAAACGUCUCGGAGCCCAGUUUUCUUGUAUCCUAGGGGUCCCCUUGAUGGCAAUUGUCUCUAUGCAUGCACCUAACAGGUGAGCUGACUUUAGAAGCUGAACUUUUCCUUGUAUUACCGUUAACGCGAGUGUUAAGGGAGUCUUGACGUUUACAGAACACACGCGUGACGACCGAGAAGUAAAGAUCCUUCAUUUAGCGUUGUCGACUCGAGGUGUGGACAAAUGCGGCUACCAAUCGUUACCAACAUUCCCCUCGCUGUAGACACACAGAUAGACCUGUAGGGCACACACACACACACCUGUAGGGCACACACACCUGAAGGGCACACACACACCUGUAGGGCACACACACACCUGUAGGGCACACACACACCUGUAGGGCACACACACACACACCUGGAGGGCACGCACACACACACCUGUAGGGCACACACACACACCUGUAGGGCACACACACACACACCUGGAGGGCACGCACACACACACCUGUAGGGCACGCACACACACACACCUGUAGGGCACACACACACCUGUAGGGCACACACACACCUGUAGGGCACACACACACACCUGUAGGGCACACACACACACACACCUGUAGGGCACACACACACCUGAAGGGCACACACACACACACCUGUAGGGCACACACACACACACACCUGUAGGGCACACACACACACACCGGUCGUCGCCACCAACGCCACGAUGUCGUCGCUCCUGCGCCCGCCGCGCACGGCGAACGUGGAGAAGAUCGAGCAGCGAAUCGUCAUCAAGUUCCUGUCCAAGGAGGGGAACAACGCCAAGCAGAUCCACGAGCGCAUGCUCGCCGUGUACGGCGCCGGGGCGCCCAGUUACCCGACGGUGGCUCGAUGGUUCGGCGAGUUCCGGCGCGGACGCGAGUCGAUCCAGGACGGCCGGCGCUCGGGGCGGCCCUCGGAGGCGGUGAACGAGGGCACCAUCGCGCGCGUCAAGGCCAUGGUGGCACGAGACGGGCGCAUCAAGGUGUCCGACAUGGAGAGGGAGGUGGGCAUCUCACACGGCAGCGUGCUCACCAUCCUGCACGAGCACCUGGGGCUGGCCAAGGUGUCGGCGCGGUGGGUGCCGAGGCGCCAGUGCCAUGGGCCGGAGGAAAACGGGCCGCUGAACGGCGUGGCGGCGGUGGCGGCGGCGGUGAUGAUGGCGGAGGAGGAGGUUGUGGAAGGAACGACGGUGGAGGAGGAGGAGGGAAUGGAGAAGCGUGGAGCCACGGGGCGAUCGCCGGCGCCGUCGUACCUGAAGACGAAGGGGAGAGGGAGAUUGGACACGAGCGGUGAUGGGGGAGCGGGAGAGAGGCGCGUGGGGAAGUGAUGACUGCUAUGAGGCUGCUGAUGGGCUUGACCUAAUCCUGACCAUGGCAAUAGAACCCUAACACAAGCAGGAACUUUGAAACUAGCCCUUGCACUACCAAUAGCCCUGAUGCUAGCAACAACCUUGACUCGAGUGAUAACACGAAAUCUAGCCCUGAGAAAACCCUGACAACUAGCGCUUACAUUUGCCCUAGCAGUAACCCUGACACAAGCAAUUUCCCGUGCAGCCAUCCCUGACAAGUGAUAGUGUUAGCCAUAGCCGUAACGGUAAACCUAACCCCAAACCUAAAAAUAAUCUAAUUAACUUUAUAUAGCAUCGUUCAUGCAAAUUGCAUCUCGCAGUCACCGAGGAACCACAGACCAUGCUGGAAGGCUGCCAGGGUGGUGAGUCGGUGCCAACAAUUGCUCUGCAGUUCUCUAUAUC